CGAGAGCCCUUCAAACUCUCAAACUUUCAAUCUGGACUGUAAUAAGUCUGUAUUUACGGUUAAUCGGAGGUUUCAGUCGUGUUCAGCUCCUCCGCACACUUCCUUCUUCUUCCCCCAUGUUCACUGUCGGUUUAUGUGGCGUAUAUAAUGAUCGGAAGUUUUUCCUUCCUCAGCCGACGAACUGCCCAUCUCCCACACUCUACAACCCACAAUUCACUUGCAGCUCUCCUCCUUCUUUUCCCUCUUCAAUCGCUAAUUGUCGUCGCUAUACAAAAGGCCGAAUGUAAUCGAUCAUUCCUUUAAUCAAUUGCUUCAAACCUUUGUAUCUUCUGAUCAAUGAUGGAGCACAAACAAAAGUGUCGUCCAGGCUCCAACCUUCGACUCCUUCAUAAAAGGCAUCUCCGUCUCCUGCAUCAAAUCACCCCAUUCAUCGAUCCAUCUAAUUUUCCCAUCUCUUCUCUCUUUGUUCCAUUCCCGAUUUAAUGUUAUGAGUGAUUUGCUUUAGGUUUGUUUGAUUAAUUUCAGAAAUCGAUUGAUUUUUCAACGAUUUACUUUUUUAUUUCAUCAAUACCUAAUCGGGUGGAAUUUAGAUUUGGGUUUCAGAGUUCUCAAUUAUGAAAUAAGAUGAUAACUUAUUUACGUUUUCUUUUGGUUUUAGACUAUAAACACACUAAUUGCCUAAUAUUUCAGGAUCAUUAAAUUUCAUAUGGUUCAUUAGAAAGGGAGGUUAUCGGUGUUGAAUUUCUAACCAUAUAAUUAUAUCAAUUUCACAUUUGGAAAGCACCAGACAUCAUAUGGAGAAGAGAUUAUUGAUCAUAAACUAUUCAAAUGUGAUCGUUGCAUCAAUGUUUUGGAGUAAAUGGCCGAUUUGCAAGCUUGGUAGCAUAAGGGUUGAUGUUUAUCAAAUUAAGCUUUUCUAAGCAUAUCUUCCAUAUAAUCUGCAAUUAUAUCAAGGAAAAGUUGAUUAAAUCAAGCACAAAUAUUGAGAAAAAAAACUUUAGACUUCAUUUGGAAAGGUCGAGAUUUAGUGAUAGGGAUGGAUACAUUGUCAACCUAGAGGGACUCAAAGUGAUUUUGCUAGCGAGAAUGGUAGAGUUUCGACUGUUUACCACCAUACUUUUAAAAGGAGAUAAUAGUUGGGAAGAAAUCGAGCUCACUCACACUGUCAUUGAUAAAGCUCAAUGUGUCCAAGCUUUUGUAUCAGAGCUGAAUCCCGAUACAAACACCAACACAGAGGAGUUGCCAAUUUCUUCAUCUCAAUUACUUUUACAUUCAUAUUUACAAAAAUGCCACUUCCAAGUUUUACGUGUCUGA